AUGUCAGAUUUCUUAUUGAACGAUUUAUGUAAUGACUAUGCUGAAUUGCUCAAAUGCGAAGAUGAUUACGACGUUAUCAUCAAGGUGGGAAAGGCUCCCGAUUUCGACGAGUUUCGCGCACAUGCAAAUAUAAUCAAAGCAAGGUCAGGAUACUUUAGAACGAAUCUGGCAAAGGAUAGAGCCAGGAAAGAGGGCGGUUGCUAUAUAAUUGCGAUACCAACUAUGACACCAAAAAACUUUGGGGCAUUAUUACGAUACACAUACGCUGGAGUAAUAGACCUUUCGACACAACGUGAUUCAGACGCACUUCAAUUGCUCACUUCUGCGGAAAAACUGGAAUUAAAAGCACUAGUUAGCUUUUGUCAGGAUCACUUGAUCACUAAUUGUGCUGAAUGGCUUACGUCUAAUCUGAUGGACAUCCUUCGGCUUGUCUCCCAUUAUCAGUCAUUUGGAAAGUUAAAAAACUUUUGUCUGCAGAAAGCUGUCGAGAAUCCAGCCUCGGUAUUUUAUUCCGAUAAACUGCCAACACUGGAUGAAUCUAUUUUCGGAGAGUUGAUUGAGCGGAAUGAUCUUGGAGUGGAAGAGAUCGAUCUAUGGCUACAAGUGAUAAGAUGGGGAACGUCGAAGGUACUGAAUUUGAACAAUAAGGACAUGUCUGAAUGGAGCCGUAAUGAUUUUGCUGAAUUAGAAAAAGUUCUUCAUAAUUUAAUUCCCAAGAUCAGAUUCUUCGAUAUAUCAUCUCAAGACUAUUAUGAUAAAGUGCGGCCAUAUAAGAAGAUACUUUCCAAGGAUAUCAAGGAACAGCUAUUGCAUCACUAUCUUAAACGAGAUUCGAUACAACCAUCCAAUGGUUCUCGUGGAUCGUCAUCCAUUAUAACAUCUAUGCUUAUUACUCAUGCAAAUGCUGCAUUGAUAGCCGAAUGGAUCGAUGGGAGUAACUCUUAUGAAGUGCCGGAAAGAUCAAAACGUCGAUACAAGCUAUUGUAUAGGGGUUCUAGAGAUGGGUUCUCGGCCGAAUGUUUUCACGAAAAAUGUGAUAAUCAUCCUGGGACAAUUGUAUUGAUCAAGCCAAGUGAUAACAAUAAAAUUAUACUAGGCGGAUAUAAUCCCAACACAUGGAACAAUUAUAUUUUAUCAUCUAGCCAGUAUUACAAUAGUAACCAGACAUACCAGUAUUCUAAUGCGACCUUUAUAUUCUCAAUCAGUGUUGAUGCAAACGACAGUAAUGCAACGCAGCUAUCUAGGGUGCACGUGGGUAAUCAAGCGAUUGGGUGCGGAACUAGUUGGGGUCCAUACUUUUACGACGAUUUGAUGACUUCUGACGAUUGCAAUUCAAACUCGGACAGUUGGUAUCAACAUACGUUUUAUAAGUGUGACUUGCUGAAGCGCGACGUAGCGGAACCAAAAAGGAGAUGGAAUUUUAGAGUGGAGGAAUAUGAAGUAUUUCAUGUAUUAAAUGCGGUGACCGAAGAUUCAAUCGGUCGUGCGUUUGCCCAGCGAUUCACGUGGCCAUCGUUGAACAGUUGA